GGGGAGAAGGUCCAGCUGCGGCGGCUGCGGGAAGCGGGCGAGCUCGGGUCGGCGGAGACGCGACUCGGAAGCGAGCGGCACUCCGCAGACACUGGGUCAAGGAGUAAGCAGAGUACGCUCAACUAGAAGAAAAGCAAGGCCAAGGUCAUCAUGGCUUCAGUAUCUACUCAUGGAAACCAAGAUAAAGAUCCCCAUUUGCCACCGUCAAACAAGAAGAGCCUGUUAUUUUGUCCAAAAUCAAAACUCCACAUCCACAGAGGAGAGAUUGCAAAGAUUAUCCGAGAAUGUCAAGAAGAAAGUUUCUGGAAGAGAGCUCUGCCUUUUUCUCUUGUAAGCAUGCUUGUCACCCAAGGACUUGUCCACCAAGGUUAUUUGGCAUCUAAUCCAAGAUUUGGAUCAUUGCCUAAAGUUGCACUUGCUGGUCUUUUGGGAUUUGGACUUGGAAAGGUAUCAUACAUAGGAGUAUGCCAGAGUAAAUUCCAUUCCUUUGAAGAUCAGCUCCGUGGGUCUGGUUUUGGUCCAGGGCAUAACAGGUUUGUAAUCUUUUUUAUUGAAGGGAUUGUAAAUGAAGAUAAUUAUAAGAAAUCAAAUAAUAGAUCAUCACCAUUUGUAACAUUAAAGUUUUUAAAAAUCCAUAUGUUAAAGAAAACUUUUUAACCCUCAAAUUUUGAGUUGUUGCCACCUAACUUCAAUAAUUUUUAUUUAAUAUUUAUCUUAAUUACCUAACAAUUUCAUUUCCACAACAGAUAUAUUUAAUGAGUAUUCACUACAUUCAAGGCAUUUUGAAAAGUCUCUAAUCAGUACCUUAAUGAGCAGACGUGGCUUCUACUAUCAUGUGGCUACAUGAAAUUUAAACAGAUUUCUCCACUACAGGACCUCCCAGGGCCUUUAAUAUGUUAAUAUGUAUUGUGGUUCUCAAGAGUGGAUAUAAGCAGUAGGACUUUGGAGUUAGCAGCAUGACCUCUGCUGUUAGACUGCCUGGGUUAAAAACCAGUUCAACACUUACUAAGCUGUGUGACCUUGGACAAGUUUCUUAAAGUCUCAAAUCUUCUGUUUUCUCAUCUGUAUUAAAUGGUGAUCAGAAUUGUUUCCAUGAGGAGAUGUAGAGAAUGAAAAUAAUUAUCCAUGACACUUAGUAAGUGCUCAGUUAACAUUAGCUAUUUUUACUAUAGUAUUAUGGACUAUAAGGAGCCUGAUGGUACAACAGUUAAGUGCUCAACUCCUAAUCAAAA